AUGGGUGACUUUAACACUGAGGCUUUCACACUUCUGGCGGUGGCCAUUGUGGUCAUCGGUCUACGUACCACAGCACGAUGGGUCAUGGUCGGGCCGCGAAAUUUUCAAGCGGAUGAUUAUUUGAUGCUCCUGGCGUGUGUGGUGUAUGGGCUGGAAACCGGUGCCGCAUACAUGGUCGGUGCAUGGUUUAUGGGCCUUGCCAACAAUUCCAUGACCGAUGAGCAGCGCAGGACGCUAUCUCAUAGCUCAGAAGAAUACCGCUUGCGCGUUGGAGGCUCAAAGGUGCAGGUGACUGGAUGGUCUUUAUACACACUGUUGUUGUGGUUGUUGAAGACGUGCAUGGCUAUCUUCUAUUCUCGAUUAACGGCGGGUCUGAUUAACAUGCGUGUUCGGAUCCAUGUUGCUUAUGGUUUGAUCGCCGCAACAUACAUUGCCACUAUCUGCUCCAUUAUUUUUGGUUGCUUUCCCUUGCACAAGAACUGGCAGAUAUAUCCAAACCCUGGAAAUCAUUGUCAACCUGCGGUAUCCAACAUCGAUAUAUACGUCACAGUAGUGCUCAAUGUGGCUACCGAUAUCUACCUCAUCAGCAUCCCGGCCCCUAUGCUCUUCAAAGCUCGACUCCGCUGGAGGGAAAAACUGGAACUUCUCGUCCUUUUCAGUGGUGGCUUAUUUGUCAUGAUGGCUGGAAUUCUGCGCUGUGUCCUGAUCUUGACAGCUGGUGCAAAUGGUGCUCAACAAGCUGGCAGCUGGGCAUGUCGCGAGACCUUCGUCGCUGUCGUCAUCGGAAAUAUGCCGAUGAUAUCUCCCUUGUCCGUCGCGUUGCUCGCCGCGCGGGGCUGUUCAUCACCACAAGAAGUGGCUCGCAAAGCUAUCCAGCCUACCCCUUAUCCGAAGGCGAAAACACCACCGGGUAUUCUAAACGCAGGAAGUUCCGUCAUCCGCUUUCUCUCCCGGCCGAUACGCAAUGGAACACCACGAGCGAUGAACAAAUGA